AGAGCCUUUGAAAUUACUGCGUGAACAAAACAGUACUGAAAACUGAGAACUGCGUUUGUGUUGUUACGGGUUGUAUGUGUUUUGUUCACGGAGUGGAAAAUAAGUGAUAGAAAUGUGUAACGUAGAGCAAGCUUCAGUAGUUGAUAUAAAGAGUGAAAUACCAAAUUGUAGCCAGACCAGUUGCGGAAUACCAGUAGUAGGAGAUGAUUUGUCAUAUGCAGAAUUCUUCGAGAAUUUUAUGUUGAAAAAUUGUCCCGUAAUAAUAAAGGGUAAUUUUACAAAGGAAUGGGAGUGCGCUACAAAGUGGGUUAAAGAUGAUAAACCCAUGUUUUCGUACCUUAACGAAAAUUUUGGGCAAACUGAAGUACCUGUAGCUGAUUGUGGUAGAAGACACUAUAAUGUCCAGGAAAAAAGCACAUUUAAGCUUUGUGAUUACCUUGAUUACUGGUCAGAUUAUAUAAGAAAUGACUACCCAGAGACAAUGCCGUGCUUUUACUUAAAGGACUGGCAUUUCACAAGAGACUUUCCCCAGCAUUUGAUCUACCGCACUCCUCAGUAUUUUGCCAGUGAUUGGCUUAAUGAAUACUAUUACGACCAUAAAAAUAAAAAUGAUGACUAUAGAUUUGUGUAUAUGGGUCCUAAAGGUUCAUGGACUCCAUUUCAUGCUGAUGUAUUCACAUCAUUUAGUUGGUCUGUAAAUAUUUGCGGUCAGAAGAGAUGGUUGCUGUUUCCUCCAGGACAGGAAAGUUUUUUAAGAAAUAAGUUUGGGAACUUACCAUAUGACUGUACAAGUGAAGAACUUAAAAAUGAAGAUUUGUUUCCAGAAUAUAAAAAAUUAAAUCCUCCAUAUGAAAUAUUACAGCAAGCCGGUGAAGCAGUAUUUGUUCCUUCUGGCUGGCAUCAUCAAGUUUGGAACAUGAAGGACACAAUUUCCAUCAAUCACAACUGGGUUAAUGGCUGCAACAUCAAAACAAUGUGGUUGUCAUUGAAGAAUCAUUUGGCUGCUGUGAAAAAGGAAAUAGAAGAUUGCAAGGAAAUGGAGGAAUGGAAUAGUCACUGUCAAAUAAUGCUUAGAGCUUCUUUUGGGUUAGACUAUGAAGAAUUUUAUAGGUUUUUAUUACAUAUUAGCAAGAAAAGAAUUGACUCUCUUCAUGGAAAGGAUGAUUUGAUAGUUUAUGGAAAUUGGAGAAUUGGCAGAAAUCAUAUUGUUUUUGAUUUGCUUAAGAUAAAUGAAGUUUUGAACCUCUUCCUCUCUGACACUGACUGUGAAAUUGUACUGAAGGAACUGGAUGUACAGAAACCAAAAGACUUGUUGUCUGAAAUAAAUUCAGUGUUAUAAAUUCAGCUGAGGGAAAGCAGAUGGUGCCAUAGUGACAGUUUCAAUACUGCAACAUGGUUCAUAACAUUGUUUUGCAGAGGAGUCUGAAGUACUGAACACAUGGAAAAGAUCAACUGGGAAACAUACCAAAGACAGUGAUAUAUAUUAAAAACAAAGAUUCCAAGACUUACCAAACGGGAAAGUGCCGGUAGACAGGCACAAUAAAAUAACACACAAACACACACACACAAAAUUUCGAGCUUUCGCAACCGGCGGCUGCUUCGUCAGGAAAGAGGGGAGGAAAAGGAAAGAUGAAAGGAUGUGGGUUUUAAGGGAGAGGGUAAGGAGUCAUUCCAAUCCCACAUCCUUUCAUCUUUCCUUUUCCUUCCCUCUUUCCUGACGAAGCAGCCGUUUUAAGGGAGAGGGUAAGGAGUCAUUCCAAUUCCACAUCCUUUCAUCUUUCCUUUUCCUUCCCUCUUUCCUGACGAAGCAGCCGCCGGUUUCGAAAGCUCGAAAUUUUGUGUGUGUGUGUGUGUUAUUUUAUUGUGCCUGUCUACCGGCGAUUUUCCGCUUGGUAAGUCUUGGAAUCUUUGUUUUUAAUAUAUUUUUCCCAUGUGGAAGUUUCUUUCCAGCCAUCAGCCACCCUUGUGUAAUACACUGUCCUGCUCCCUCCAGCCAUCAGCCACCCUUGUCUAAUACACUGUCCUGCUCCCCUCCUCCUUUCUCCUCAUCCCAUACAAUCCUCUCACAGCAGGAAAACUGCAGUACUGGUUUACUUACAUCAUCAGCAACUAUCAGCUUUGUAAUGCUAGUCUUAGCAGGUCACAUGUAAUUUCACACAGAGGGACUUGCCAAAGCCUCAUCACUCAUUUACAGAGUACUGCAAAGAAACAAUGACUGGAGCUCCUAAUUUAAUACUUCAUCAGCAAAAAUCAGUUUUAUGUACUAUCAUCAUCUUACACUUUAUCAGCAUUUAUGCUCUUUCUUUGUUGAUUAUGUGCAAAUUCAUGACAGUCUGUUGUAAAAACAAAA